CCCAUAUUAUCAGUUCACGAAGGAAAGUGCAUUUUCAGCAUAAGACAUUGCUCAGAGAGGACAUGUCCGCUAGCUAUUAUCGCUUAUGAACAUAGAGCGGCCGGGUGUGCAUGUACACGAACCUUUGGAUCGUAAUGCCGGGAUAAGGUAAUACCUACAGCGACAGACAGGCUUUAGCUGCAAAGUAUCUGGGGAUGCAGAGGUCUUGACCAACUUAACAACUCAGACAACCAACGGAGACUGUGAAGAUGGCAAUCAAUGAACAAAUAUUCUGUCUGAAAAUAUUUAUCGUGAUAACCAUUUCAUCACUCGCCGCUAUGUUCACAUUGCUAUAUCAUUACAACGAGUUGUUGAAAACAAUUUCUGUAAAGAAGGAUUAUUAUUCAUUGGGCACCCGACAAUUCGUCAUCUCCUCCAAGGAUGAAGCCGCAGAUGAAAUUGAUACUGAUUUUGAAAAUAUCAAAUUUAUUUCUUUAAAGGGUGCCUCUAAGCCAGUGAUACAAGGACUUGCCCAUAGUAUUAGCAAUGUUGAACGUGAUGUCUUAACAUUCAAUAUUGAUGAUUCUUUAAAACCACUAUCGGAUAUACCAAUUGAAGAGAGCAGUCUUCUCCACAAGAUUCAACAAAAACAGAAAGACACCGACUUUAAAUGCGUUAUUAGGGUUGCCAAGUAUUGUUCAUCUCGUUGUCGUACCGUUGCACCUGGAAACCAGUCAAGAGAGUGGAAUCCAUUUAGAUGUGAAUUCAGCGAGUUCUGUAGGUUUGAGACAAGUUUUGUUGGUCAACCCUCUAAGGAACUCAUGCAGAGUUUCGACGUUGUUUUCUUCAUACCUGGGUUUCGAGAUAGACAUUUAAAUGAAAUGAUUGCUUUGCGACCACCGGGACAACUAUGGAUCAUAUCAACAAAAGAGAGCCCUAUUCAUGACAUGGGCUAUGCACCUCCAGGUUUAACAGGAAACCCUUUCAAUCUCACCAUGACCUAUGCGAGAGACACUGAUAUCGUUUUCCCAUACGGCAGUGUGCAGAAAAUAAAGGCUCUCCCAGAACCUCCUCCAAUACCCAAGAAGACUAAAUUGAUAGCAGCGAUGAAUGGUAAUUGCAAUCCUUACUAUUGGCAAAGGACGGAGUUGAUCAAUGAGAUUCAGAAACACCUCUCAGUCGAUUUCUACGGGAAAUGUGGUAAGGCGGGAAAGCUCCCCCAAAAGAACACAACCGAAACGCUUCAACAAUAUAAGUUUUACCUUUCGUUCGAGAAUAGUGAAUGUCGGGAUUAUAUCACGGAGAAAGUGUGGAAGAAUAGUCUCUCUAAUGGAAUCGUUCCUAUAGUCUAUGGAUCAACGCGUGAAGGCUACGAGAAGACACUUCCGAAGGAUUCUUUCAUUUUCCUUGAGGAUUUCAGCAACAUGAGUGCAUUUGUUGAUUACAUUCAUGCGCUUGAUGAAGACGAAGCGCGAUACAAGAAAUAUUUUGAUUGGAAAAUUGAUAGCAAAAUCAUCCUGCAUUCUCCAUCAGCAUUCCGAGGUCAAAAACCUGGGCUUAAUUUAUGUUAUCUGGUGAAGAAAUUGAUCCAUGUCUUCUUCUACCCAGAGACCUCGUGGAAGAAAAGGACUCCAGAUUUUGCUUCUUGGUGGCUGGGACAGUGUGAUGAUUUCCAUGCUGACAAGAAAGUGCUGGGAUUCAAUGUUCGAAGAUCAAAGGAAAAGCAAGCUGAAAUCGAACAGAGGUGGUAGAACUGGUAAUACAGAAUAUAAUAAAUGAUUUAUUGUUUGUUGUUACUUUGGGUAAACACAUAUACCCACUUGACUCGAUUUCAACUUCGGUAUGGGGUUAAACAUUAAAGUCUGAGUUCUUCAAUUACUGAUCAGCAGCCUUUUUCUGCAGGAGGACUAAGUAAGCUCAGUCUCGAAGGAAUACAAAUAAGAAAGUGGAAUUGCGGAUGAUGAGGGCAAUAUCGUGUUUCGGUAUGAUCAGGCGGAGAACUCAACAAAGUAUUGAUAAAAUUCAUAAGGAGUUUAUUCAUGUCUUUGAGUGAAUUAAUAAUUUAACGAUAAUUACAUAUUUUUGAUAUUUAAGUUUAAGCCUUUGAUGCACAAAUGCUGCGACAUGGUUAGUUUGUUCCCGCAUUUUACAUCUCAAGAUUACACUUUGAGGUUUUUUUUCUAAGCAUUUGUGGAUGAACAUAUAACUUAGGAGUAUAGUUGUACGAGUAGCAUGCAGUAUUGUGAAUCAUAUAUACACAACACGCCAUAAUUCAAGUGACCGAUAAAAGGUAGAAUUUGUUUAUAUCGGGUAAUAAUGGUCAUCAGAAUUUCCAAAUACGAUAAGACUACUUCUUGAUUGUUGUCAUACAUAUAUUAUUAUUUUUGGGAUAAAAUUAAGAGGGUGCAAUUUGACUCAUCAGAACGAAGUAUAUGAUUGCAACAAUCGCUGAUAGUAUUAUGAUAAACAAUAUUUUUGGCCAUUUUGUGUCAUGAGGUCGCUACCAAAAAGGGUUGUGCUGUUACAUCUGUUGGUUAGGGAGCCAUGCCAACAAAUUUGGUAUAAUUUUAAAGCUAAAUCCAUUAGCCAACAUCUUCAAAGACGAAGCACCAAGGGAGGUGCCGGAUUCUGAAGAUUUGGUUUUUAUUUUAGGUGAAACGUUAAUAUUUUGGUGAAAACUUGAAAACUUUAUCUCAACCACAAAUUCGAUAUCAAAUGAAGAUAAGAAUAUUCAUCUUUACUGUUAAUUUAUUGAAAAAAACAUGUUUGGCAUUGUCACUGAUAAACAAGGCAAACCAUUGAAAAAAAGAAAUAGAAAAUUUGUCGCUGUUUUUCUUUUUUCCUCAACAAUUCUUCUACAUCGACACAUAUCUUAUUCACAGUUAUUCUUGAUUCCAAUGUAGCUUUUGUGUAAAAGAACACAGAAAAUAUGAUUUCUACUAUUCUCUAGGAUGAAAGGAAUUCUUGGAAUUAAUUGCUGCAGAUCUGAAAGGUCACAUGACGCAGGUCUGAGACAUUAAAAUCAACAAUAUGUGAAGAGUCUUAAAAGCAUUAUUUGGUCUAAUGUUACUAUAGUUUCUUCGAAACUGUUUGUUGCAUAUACCAUCAAUCAAAUGAACACAUCAUAUAUGCCAAUCAAGUAAUGGUGAUGCAGGCAAUAAUAAGACACACACUAUAUAUGUUUUUCCUAAAAAAAGAUUGGCAUAAGUUCGGGUUGAUUUUGAAAUAUUUUUAAAACAAUAAACCCAAUAAAAUAUACAUUGCAAGAAAGGUCUGACUCUGUUCAACGCAAAAAUUUAAAUCAUUUUUAAUCAUGGGGGGGGGUAUACAAAUUAAUUUGAUUGCAAAUAUGAAAUGGAUUUUUUCCUUUCCAACACAAUAUAACACUUAGCCUUACAAUUAAUGUUAUUUUUUCAUGCAUAUUUGGAUUCAUUAAGGAAUUUCCUUUUAGAAAAUAUACACUUUCCAUAUCAUAGGUUGUAUGAUUAGUGAGAUGAAGACUUUUUAAUUAAAAAAAAACGACUAAAAAGCAAAAAUCACCUUGUAACGCAGAAGUAGGCGAACCUGAUGACACAUGACCCUUUUUAUCAGUUGUUUUAGAUAUCAGUAUGAUUCACGUUCAAAUUCAUUGCUUACUAUUUCUGAAAUUCUGCCUUUUUAUUCUCAAAUCUAAGAUUUUCCAAUAUGCUGUGCUAAUUUUAGCUACCUCAAUUUAUUAAAGUUUAUAUAUAACCAAAUCUCCGGUGCGCGGGUGGGUGCCACGGGGCGGGGGCGGGCGGUAGGAAGGGGCGUCCGCCCUUAAAAAUUUUUAGAAGUAAAAACCAAACGAGAACAAUAAGCAGACCCCCGCCCCGAAAAAAAGAGAACAGAAGGUCGUAAAAAUAGGGUUUUUAUUUGUUUAAUCAAUUUGUUUAAUCAUACAAUGCCCGUAUUAAAAAACCACGUCACCUUUGUCUUCUUCCUCUAUCAAAAUACGGUAAUGCUGCCCCUGUCAGUGAUUUUUGUCUUUCCAAGGUGAUUAAUUGCACUUGCAAAAAUCGUAACAGAUAGGAUCCUUCAAAACAUAAUUUUUCAUAACUUAUGCUAUGACAAGUAUGUAUGAAAACCGCCAAAUGUGUAUUUGUUUCUACAUUAUCAUGUCAAAAUGCUUCCUAUGCAUAUUUUUGUGAAAUCAAUAAAACAUCUAUCCAUUAA